AUGGCCCGGGGCGUUCACGCAGGGGCGGUCUCCGUGGGGGUCGGGCCUGGGGACGCGGUAGGCCGAGAACUCCCCCUGGGGAGGUGGUGUGGGUGGAGCGGGCUCGUCGGCCAGCCGACACAGAACCAGUUUGGGUGCCCCGAAGACCUCCGAGGGCUCAGAGCUGGGGCGGCACUCCGGGCGGAGGCACAGGGCCAGCCUGGGGGGUACCACCAGAGGACCGAGGCUCCCCGGAGCCACCCAGCGGCGAUGUGUGGGUGCCUCGCGGUCGGCCCCCUGCAGCGGCUGCAGAGAGACAUGAGGCUGAGCUGGGUCCUGACAGUACUGUCCAUCUGCCUGAGUGCCCUGGCCACGGCCGCAGGGGCCGCCGAGGGCAAACGGAAGCUGCAGAUCGGGGUCAAGAAGCGGGUAGACCAGUGUCCCAUCAAAUCGCGCAAAGGGGAUGUCCUGCACAUGCACUACACGGGGAAGUUGGAAGAUGGGACGGAGUUUGACAGCAGCCUGCCCCAGAACCAGCCCUUUGUCUUCUCCCUGGGCACAGGCCAGGUCAUCAAGGGCUGGGACCAGGGGCUGCUGGGGAUGUGUGAGGGGGAAAAACGGAAGCUGGUGAUCCCAUCAGAGCUGGGGUAUGGAGAGCGGGGCGCUCCCCCAAAGAUUCCAGGUGGUGCAACCCUGGUGUUUGAGGUGGAGCUGCUCAAAAUCGAGCGACGGUCAGAACUAUAGCCAAACUGGGGAGGGGCAGUGGAGGACCCCAUCAGGGACCAGACUGUUUCAAAACAAAACAAAACAAAAAAAGCUUAAAGCCCACUAAA